AAACCCCUCUUCCCAUCAUCCCAUGUUAUGUUUUGGCCAAUAACAUUGUAACAACAUCGCCUCUCACCCGAAUCACCACCGCCACCACCUUUUAAUUCUCCAAUUCAAAACCUGCGCUCGUCCUCCGCCAUUCAUUUGGCUUCUGGGUUCUUUCCAUCUUGCGGGGGAUUCUCGUCUCUGCGACAAUGUAUCCCAAGGUCGGCGACCUAGAGGCCGGAAACAAUGGCCGCCUCUACCCCACGAUGCUCGAGAACCCCCAGUUCCGGUGGGCCUUCAUCCGAAAAGUUUACACAAUUUUGUCCGUGCAGUUUCUUCUCACCGUCGGCGUCGCCGCUGGAGUCGUGUUCACCCCUCGCGUGUCGCAGUUCUUCGGGUUGACGAAGCCCGGACUCAUCAUCUACUUCGCCGUCGUCGUCUCUACCUUCAUACUUGUCUGCAUUCUGUCAUGUUUCCACAACCGCCACCCGCUGAACUUUAUCCUUCUCGGACUGUUCACAAUCGCAAUGGCGUUCGUCAUUGGAAUGGCUUGUGCUUUUACGCAUGGGAAGAUUGUCAUGUUGGCUGUAAUUUUGACAAGCGUGGCCGUGGUCAGUCUCACCCUCUUCACAUUCUGGGGUGCCUGGAGAGGCCUUGAUUUUAGCUUCCUGGAGCCUUUUCUGUUCUGUGCAUUCCUCAUUCUCACGGCUUUUGUACUUCUUCAGGUGUUUUGGCCGAUGGGGAAGUUGGGGCAAACAUGCUAUGGGGCGGCGGGAGCGAUCAUCUUCUCCGGCUAUCUCAUAUAUGACACAGACAACCUCAUCAAGCGCUUCGACUAUGACCACUACGUUUUGGCUUCCGCCACCCUUUACACCGACAUCAUCAACAUCUUCUCCAUGCUCCUCACUAUGUUGAGGGGCUGAUCCCUUUCCGCCCCAGGCCUCCGCUGACUUAACUUACCCUUUUGGCCUGCUGCUCCGCUUUCCCCUGUCCUGCUCUGUUCUACGUGUCUUGCCCAUCUCCCAUUAAUUUAUAUGCGUUCAAGCAUGUAGAAAUUGAUUGAUAUAUAUUGUAACAUUGAAUAUUAUAUAUACUUGAUUCUUUUAUAA